UAACGUCACGUCCGAGUCAAACUACUGCGCGCGCUAUCUUUAAUGUCCCGCAGAUUGAGUUACCGAUCCGUUUGCUACGUUUCAGUCGUUAAAAACGUAAAAUGACAACAAUUCAAGAGUCCUAGGAACGCUGGUGUGAAUUUUUAACCUCUGAAAAGAGAAGCUGGACGUGUAUUUGCGUGCACGUCUUCCCCAGAUUUCAUCAUGUCCCAGACCAACACUUCUCUUUUGGACGAGGUGGUGCAGUGGAGUCAGGAAACCUGUCGCCAGGAACUCAAGUCUGUCCUGCCAAAGCUCACUUCUUUGCAUUGUCAGUCUGACAGCUGGGAUGAUCACAUACGUAUAUUGAAGAUAAUUACAGACAUGUUCCUCCCUCAUAUUGAUUUGUCAGACCUGGAGGAUGAAUGCUUCUCCAAGAUCUUACCAAAGGCUGUGACGAUGUUUGACAGCAUGAUGAAAGAAAUCACGGACCAAGUCGGUGGACUUUCAAGUCAAAACACUGAACUUUGUGCCUUACUAAGGAACAUACUGCAGGCAAUGAUGCAGAUAAUUGAUGCGCUAUCCACUUGUGUGCGUCAUGUUGGCUCAUUGGAGGAAGCCCCUGACCUGGAUUCUAUCCGCUCGCUACCAGCUUGUAUCCUAAAAAUUCUGAAAGAAACAUUUCAGCACUGCAAGGACAGUGAGGUGGUCUACUGUGGCCGUCUGUCCCUUGUGGCUGACUUGCUCCAGGGAUUAUUCAAGGAGGCUUAUUCGCUUCAAAAGGGUCUUUUAGAGCUGCUGGAUAAGAUCUGCCUUGACAACAGUGCCUCAGAUGAGGACGUCUCUGAUAUUGUUACAGUGAUUCAUAGUCUGCUGGAUAUCUGCUCUGUCAUCUCCAACCUUGAUGUGGCCUUGCAUGCAAACACUUGGAAGUUCCUCAUCAAAACGAGUCUGAAGUACCAGUCAUUGGUUGAGGAGCAUCUACAUCACAGUGAAAUCAGCAACAGCCUUGUUGACAACCUGCUGACAUCCUUCCACAACUGUGUGGAGCUGGCUGAACAGAUUAAACAUGCUGGCCUACAGGAGGCCACGCAAAGUCCAGAAUACAAGCUGUUCCAAAAAAGUGCAAAGAUGUGCAGAUUUUUUGCCAACACUUUGAUUCAUUACAUAAAGGAGUUCAAAUUUUUUCUAACAAAAUCUUGUAGCUGCUUCCACCAGCUCUACCUCCAGAUCAUGAGUAAAUUCCCUCCCAGCUUGUGCACUCCAGAACUGCCCAUAGCUUUGUCUCAGGAGCUAAAUGCAGCAGCUCUUGUUCCCAUGGAUGCCUUCCUGCUUCAGGUGUUGCCUUUAAGACCUUUUGCUGAAGCUGUUCUCCAGCAAGACCUGCGUUUAAGUCCUGAACAUGAGCUUCCACACUGUCUGUUGCUGGUGAGCGUCAUGGGACAGCUGGCCGGCCAACCUGAGGAGGUGCUGCAGCUUUGGUAUGCAGGGAAUCAGUUUUCAGAAGAAAAUAUCAGGCUUCCUCUCUUCCAGGCCAUCUUCACUAGUUUCCGGCGUUGCUAUACUGAGCGCAAGGUCCCAGUGCUGUUGCCUGGGGUGAUGUUGAAGGGUCAGGCACAAGUCCAAGUCACUCUGCAUCAACACAUCUGUGUGCACCUCUGUGCCAGUGUGGCUUGGCUUCCACCUGAAUACUUUCGUGUACUGGAAUGUUGCUUGGUUGAAGCUGUACUUCAGGCUGAUACUCAAACAGCUCUAUUGGCAGCAGAUGUGUGGUGCUUUACAGCACGGUAUGGGACAGCAGAGCUUUGCCUACAUCAUGUCCUCCUUAUUGCUCAACUGGUGAAAGCGUGUGCCACCGAUUGUUACCAGUCAUUCCAUCUGGGCAUGCUGCUAAAACGCAUGGUUUUUCUUAUGACGCCAAACCACCAGAUGGAGCUGGUGUCACAUUUUCCACCCUCUGAGGUGGAAAACCUUCCAGUUUGGCACCAUGUCCUCCUCAGAGCUCUUUCUCAGGACAUCUGCCGGCAAGUAGUGACAGAAGUCACUGGUUUAACUCAAAAAAUGCUGACUGACUGGCAGAAUGGAGGAUACAAACUGGGACAAGUGGGCAAAGUGAAUGCAGUACUGAUGUCUCUCCUAUCGGUGGUUCGAGGCCAGUCCGCUCCCGAAGAGCAGUGUGUGUUGUCUUCUAUGAGGAUAGUCACACAGCUCUGGUUACGAAUGAGUCCAGACCAGUUGCGGACCCACCCUGUGCUCCAGUGGACGCUGCAGCUUCUCUUGUCACUGUCGGCCAUUUUAGUGAAGCACAUUGAACCUCACAUCAUUUGUCAGGCUCUGGUGUGUCUGGAUGAUGUGGUUUCUCAGAAGUGUGCAGACUGGUUACUGCUGGCUGCUUUGGAGUUUCUCUGCUCCCUGGGGAAGAUCUUUGUCCCUCCUGACAGCCAGAGUCAAAUUCUUCCAAGGCUGAGUAGCCUGUUUGGAGUCCUUUUGGCUGAGGAGUCUUGGCUGUUGCACCAGCACACCCUGGAGGCCUUUUCUCAGUUUGCAGAGAAUACAAACCACGAAGAAGUAAUCUCUCAGAGUUUGAGUGUCGAAGAAACCAAAACCAAAGUGGUUAAUUAUCUUAGCAAGACGGUGAAUGCGCAGGAAGGCGAUGAGUUACGGCUCGAGAGGCUCAAACGGGAGACACAACAGAUCAAGCAACACAACGAGAAGCUGGAGUGUAGCAAAGAAAAGCCUUUCAACAAACCACCUUCUGAAGUUGUUCCAGACUCAGAGCCAUGCCCAAAGAGAGCCCGACAGGAGAACAGCGCAGAGCAGGAAUACAGCCGCUAUGUCCAGACAGCUGAGAGUGCUUUAAAAGCCCUUCAGGCUCUCGCUGAUGGCAAAACUAAGAGUAGUGCACCACCUCCACAGUGGCUGGAAUCCAGACUACAGGAGCUGCAGACUCUCUUAACCCACAUCUCUACAGCCAGACACACGACCUAGCAGCUCGAGAUGGUUUUCUCACCUCAGGAUGUUUGCUUUCUGUAUAAAAAAAAAAAACCCCUGCUGCUAUUGAAAAUGGUUUCUCUCUUCUUUUUAAAAAAUGUUAAUCUUUGUUCUUUUUUUUUUUUUUUUAAAUUAAACUUGUCUCUGAAA